AUGUGGAAACCAGAAGGAGAGCACAACUUUUCACCGAAAGAUUCAUGCCCGAUGUGUUCACGCAAUCGUAGUCUAGAUGUCAAGGAGACAAGUGAUCAUUUCCUCACAGGGGACGGAUCCUCUCCGCAUGUGACAAGACAAGGAAAGGGAUUCUUUGAUGAGAUGACGAGAGAACCUACGAGUCCUAAGACUGCUGACGUCCACUCGGACCAGGAACAGCGUAAUGGCGUCACCUUACCAGAAAUGAGAAAGAAAUGCGGACUUGCUGAUUCCUUUCACAUUACGACAGCAAAGCUUUGCAUUGUAAAAGAAUCUAUGCAAAUUCUUCUGAAGACCAAGAAGACGAAGAGGAGAAUAAUCGCUUGUUCUCUUUCGUUCACUGUUUAUGGUGUUGUAUUUACUCCUUAUGAUGAUCCCUGUGAUAAUGACACAGUACUCGUAGGAAACACCACAGGAUACAAAGCGAUUGCAGAUCAAAUGAACGGGAUUAUCAACUUCUCGAUCGAUCCGUGCGCAGACUUCUACGGAUUCAUGUGUGGAAAACUGGUACAGAACACUUCAACACCGGACUUUCUCAGACUUCUCAAAGUUAAAAAUGAAGAACCUGAAGAAAUUAUACUGUCUGAGCUGAAAUCAGGAGGAAAAUCAGGAUCGAAGGCUAUAGACCAGGCAAAGAAUCUUUACAAAAACUGUGUCAAGAGUUUGAAUGACAAAAAAGGCACAAGUGGAAAACAAGUAAUGGCUGCAAUACUGAGUUAUGGAGAGUUUCCUACUAUUUCAAAAAGCCAAAACACGUCUAUAGGCGAUUUCGAUCUCACUAAGCUAUUGGUUCAUUUUAAUCGGAACAGAACUGUCACUCCAUUCUUGGUGCCAACGGUUGGACUGAAUAAAUUUAACACUUCGGAAAAUAUCAUUAAGUUCGAUCCUCGGGCCAAAAUCCACUACCUAAUUGGCACAAAAGCAACAAAUAUCACCGCUUCCUCAUCAUCCAACAAGCUCUUACGUUCUUUUUAUUCUAAAAUUAUUAGCCUGAUAAAUGGAGACAUCAAAGGAGGUACUCUCAAUUCGUCGAUAGUUGAAAGUGACAUCACUGAUGUGCUAAAGUUUGAGUCCAAGGCAGAAAGUAUUUUCUCGUCGCUUUCUGAGAUCCACCAAGAUCCGUCUUCAGCCAAAAAAGCACAGUUACAUCGUCUAAGUAAGGUCGAUAAAGAACUAAAGAUGAUGAGUUGGAAAACAUAUCUGCUUCUGAUUACUCCUACUGAGCUUCACAAAUACAUCAAAGCAGAUCCCGUUAUUUCUGUUCCAAGUCUGGACCAUAUUAAGAGAUUAAAUAAACUGGUGCUUGAAACAAAGAAACGCACAUUAACAAAUUACGUUAUGCUUCAACAUAUCAAAUCACUGAUUUCUAUGUUACAAAAGAAGUAUAAUGAUGCUAUAGAUGAUUUCUUGACCAAAUCUGGGCAACAAAAACCAACAACAGAGGAGCGCUGCGUCGCCCUUGUAAGGCAGAAAAUGCCCCAGGUCGUCGGAGCCGUGUAUGUUCGCGAAGUAUCUGAAGAGUCAGUACACACCGUGAGGAAGAACACUGGUAUGGCAUCGAAUGGAUACGAAAUCAAGGUUGCUGUGGACGAAAUAGUCGCCGGCAUAGUUGAAGAGUUUAAAAGAACUUUGAUGAAUAACAUUUGGAUGAAUAAUGAAACUAAGAAGGCUGUACUACUGAAAGUCGAUCGAAUGGAUAGAAUGGUCGCUUAUUCUGAUGUUCUCUUGGACAACAAAAAAUUAGACGACAUCCACGAACAUCUUUUAUUGGCCAAGCCUCCACCAUUCCUUGAUAUGGUUGAUAAAAUGGAUAACGCUCUAUCUCAAGAUGAAUUCAAGUCACUUCUUAGGAACGCGAGUCGGCUCAAUGUUUAUGCGGACAUGUCGUCUUUCGACAUUUACUAUGAUCCCAGUCUUAAUAAGUUAGUGGUACCUACUGCUGUUCUCCAACCUCCUCUGUUUGGAAGAAGUUUCCCAAGAGCCUACAACUAUGGAACAAUUGGUUAUAUGGUUGCCCGUGAAAUGUUACAUGGAUUUUACAAUCGAGGACUGAAUUUUGACGAAGAAGGCAACUAUGUAAAUUGGUUAUCAAAUGAAACAGUAACGGAUCUUAAUACUCGCACAUCAUGUCUUGCGGAGCGGUUAGGAAGAGGAGGGACUGGUGAUUGGAACAGAACACUGUAUGAAAAAGUCGCCGCGAGUGAGGGACUCAGACUCGCUUUGAAGGCUUACUCAACGUAUACUCGACUGAAUGGAAUGGAGCCAAGACUGACCGAAUUAGAAGAAUUCACAAACGAUCAAAUGUUCUUUAUGGGUUUCAUGUCGGUAUUUUGCGAAGAGAAUGGAAUGGAUAAGGCGAGACUGCUCUUGCACAAAUUCAAUCUGGAUCGUCACAGAAACUGUAGAAAGCAAUUAAAACAACCAACAAAACAAAAGGAUGCCCAUUGCGAGGAGCAAAACACUACAAUUGAAGAAUGA